AUGAAUUCCAAAAUCCUCAGCAUUGUCGUAUUUUGUCUAUUGAUAAUUAAUAUCUCAUUUACGUCGGGCGAUAUUGAACACGAAGAGCAUUCACAUGAUCAUUCGUCGCACGAUCAUGAUUCGCAUCGUAAACUUUUUACCGGAGAAGAUUCAGAUGAUACACCGGCCGAACAAAAAGAAAAAUUACGUUCAAUUGUCUCGAAAAUUGAUUCAAAUAAUGAUCAACAAGUUUCAAAAGAUGAAAUGAGAAAAUAUGUCGAAGAAAAAAUUCGAGAUCAACAAAAACGAGAAUUUCAAGAUUUGGUAUCAAUUUUAGAUCCUAAUAAUGAAGAAAAAGUUACAUUUAGCGCGUAUAUUCGUGAUAAUUAUGGUGAUGCUGAUAUGAGCGAAUUAGAACAAACGGAUAAUACAGACUUAAGAUUAAGAGAAACAAGACGAACAUACAUGGCUGAUAAAGAAAAAUGGCAAUUGCUUGAUAAAGAUGGUGAUAAAUCUUUGACAUAUGAUGAAUUUUAUAAAUUUACUCGACCAGAAGAUAAUGAUGAUUUACGCCGUGUUGAAAUAAAUAGUAUGAUUAAAGAAUAUGAUACAGAUAAUGAUGGUCAAAUUUCAAGUGAAGAAUAUAAAAAAAUGACUGAAGCUGAAACAGGACAAGCUGAUGUAUUAUCAGAUGAAUUAGACAAGAAUCGAGAUGGUUUUGCUGAAUAUGAAGAAUUUGCCCGAUAUUAUUUACCAACAUCGAGUAUGACAAUGGAUGAAGAAGCCAAUCAUUUAAUGGAAGAAUGUGAUAAAGAUAAAAAUGGUCAUUGUUCGGCUGAUGAAAUUGUCAAUGCUUAUUCAACAUUUUCCGGUAGUCAAGUGACCGAUUUUGGUGCCGAUCUCGAAGAAGGCCAUACGGAAUUAUAA